AUGAUAAGCAUAGGAGAAGAAAUUGCAAGAAAAUGCGGUGGUUUACCACUUGCUGCCAAAGUUCUAGGCAAUGUUAUGCGCUUGCAUAAAACCGAGACUGAUUGGCUGUCAAUCGUAAACCAUGACAUUUUAAAGAUGGUUGAUGUGAAAACGAAAAUGGUAGCUAUACUGAAAUUAAGUUAUGAUAAAUUACCCUCGCGUGUGAAACUUUGUUUUUCCUAUUGCUCUUUAUUUCCAAAGGACUGGGAGAUUAAUAGAGAAAUUUUGAUUCGUUUGUGGAUCGCUGAAGGGUUCAUUCAUCCAUCACAUGAAGGGAAUCAAAAAUCACUGGAAGAUGUCAAUGAUGAUUAUUUCCAUAGUUUAUUGGCUAAUUCGGUUUUUCAAGGUGUGACAAGGGAUAAGUUAGGCGACACCAAAACAUGCAAGAUGCAUGAUUUAGUACAUGAUCUUGCCCAGAGUGUCAACGGUGUUCAUGAUAUCAAGAUUGUCAAUUCUGGCAAAAUGGAAUCUAUUUCAAAAUUUCGUUGUUUGCAGAUAGUUUUAGACAAACAAAAUUCUAAAACAUUUUCAAAAAUCUUGGAAAAAGCAAAGAGGUUGAGGUCCAUUUUUUCCCUUGAAAACGAUCAUUUGGGAGAACAUUUACUUUAUGGCAAGAAUCUUCGUGUAGUUUGUUUACUUCGUCGGCAUGCUCUAGACAUUCAAUCUUCGAUAUUUAAGCUUAAGCAUUUGAGGUACCUCGACCUAUCUUAUUGGAUUGGGUCUCUGAAGAUGUUAAGCCACCUAAAUCUCUCUUUUUCGGAUGUUGAAAAGCUACCUGAUUCUGUCGUCCAACUUACUAAUUUGCAGACGUUAGAUCUAUACCGAUGCACUAGGUUAGUAGCCUUACCGGUAAACAUUGGGUCUUUGAAAGAUCUAAACCAGUUAAAACUCAAGUACUGUGAAACUUUAAAAGUUUUACCUAGUGAAGUUGGAGCAUUGACACGAUUAAGGUGCCUGGAUUUGUCAUUCACAAUGAUCAAAGUAUUGCAUGAGCCAUGCAUUAGCAACCUCUGCAAUUUGGAGUCAAUCCAUUUUGGAAAAUGUGAGCUUCCCAAAGAAAUUAGAAAUUUGCCAAAAUUGAGAAUCUUUAAACAUUGGAGAGAUAACGAAGAUGAAAUGCCUAGAGGUAUAGAAACUCUAACUUGCCUUGAAGUGUUAGAAUCUUAUGUGGUGAGGAACACAGAAACCAUCUCUUCUUAUAGUUGUGGUGAUGGUGGGAUUAUAGAAGAAUUAGCCAGUCUAAAUAAUCUACAGAAGUUAAAGAUCAGCUAUCUGGAGUUUGUGAGAGGUGGUAUUGACGCCGAGAGAGCACUGUUAAAAGAUAAGAUAAACCUUCAUGAUUUGUGUCUAAAAUGGGGUUCCAUGUUUUAUGAUGACGAUGAAAUUGUUUUCGAUGAGGAUUUGGAGUGUCUCGAACCUAAUGAGGUGUUGGAAGGUUUCGUACGUACCAAACCAUAG